AUGAAGCUGCUGCUCGAAGGCGUGACGCUCACGGACGCCACCGACAGGACUGUCCAGGGCGACGCGCUCGGUCAGGACGGCAAAGUGCUCGCGCUGUACUUUGCCGCGAACUGGUGCUCGGACUGCGUGGCGUUCCAACCGGUACUAAACCGGUUUUAUGACGUGGUUCACGACCAGAUGGACGUUGUGUUUGUCAGCUCGGACAAGUCAAGGGCGAGUCAGCGAUCGUACUUAAGCGAGAUGCCCCGCCAAUGGUGGAUGGUACCGUUUGACGACGAAGAGACGCGGUCGCAGUUGAAGCGCACGUUUGGCGUCUGUGCAAGCGCUGAGGUGGAGACAUUGAGUCCAAUCACGCGGAAGAAGGGGAUCCCGACGCUCAUGGUGAUUCGUCCGAAUGGGGACAUUGUGGACGGGGAUGCAGCGGAGACGAUUGAGCGGGAGGGUCUGAAGGCUAUGGACGCGUGGAAAAAGUAG